GUCACUAUGACGUUCUCGAAAGCGACGAGGCUCUUCUCGCGCUGGAGCAAUUCCGGUAAAAGCUCCUCCUCCUCGUGUGAUUCACGUGCGGUUAGCUCAGCGACUGCGCGGAAGAGCCUGGCUUGCGAGGCUAGUCCAGACUAUAGAAUUCGCGCGCUUUCUGGUCUGGAAGUUCGAGGCUAGGUGUCAUCACACACAAACACACACACACACAAACACACACACACACACACACACACACAAACACACACGCACGCGCAUGUUAAUUAAUAGGUAAGACUCCAGUUUGCAUACACAAAGUCCCGCCUUUCAAAAAAAGACUCAGACAAGAUGUGCAUGACCACGAUGGCAAUGACAAGCUGUGGUGUCUGUAAUAACAGUAAAAGGAUGAAGGAAGGAGGUGAAACACAAAGAUGGGAGUCUGUGCAUAUAGUGAGUGCAUGCACACUGAAUGGUUUCUAUUCCAACAUGUUGUCAUGCAUAUCAAUAUAAAUGUGAGCAUGUAAUCCGAUUGUAUACAUUAUAAGCAGAGCAAUCAGUCUAAUUAAGUACCUAAAAUGUGGAUGUCAAAGGGCAUUAUUGAUGGCUGAUUUAUGGGAUCAAUAAUCCAAUUCAGGGAAACAAAACGGUGGUCCUAAAUUACGUUAUAAAGAUUCUAUCAAGGCUAAUAUGAAAUCUUGUGGGAUUGACUUCCUGCAUUUUGAGAAACUAUCCAGUGAUAGAACAAACUGGAGAUCUCUCUGCCAUUCAUCACUCCAACAGUUUGAAGAAAAUCGUAUUAGACAUCUUCAAGCUCAACGUCAGAAACGGAAAGAACAAAUUGUUCCUACCAACAAGUCAUUUGUUUGUCAAUCUUGUGGAAAGGAAUGCCGUUCAAAAGCAGGUGUUAAAUCCCACCAGAGACACAGAGGACACUAAAGAGAGUCAUCACUGUUAUCAGUGGACAUGCCAUCAUAUAUGUAUAUAUGUAUAUACAAUGUAACAUACACUUCUCUCAAUCACUUUAAGUAUUCAAACUAUUUGAUUCUAAUGCCAAAGUGACGUCAUGAAAUUGAGUGGAAUUUCAAUCUCACGACUUUGAAAUAUUUAGUGGCCAUCUACUCACAGACUGUUUCAUACCCCAACGCGCAAGUUAUGUGCAUCUCUAUUGCACAAUGAAGAACACAUGGCGUCAAGACUCACCACAUACCUACAACCCCAGUCUUACACUCUGUAACAACCACUAAGGUCGUGCGAGAAACCAAACGUAUGGAGAGAGCGAGAACCAAUUACCUGAAGUGAGUAAAUUAUUCAAACUUGAUUAUCAUGUUGAACACCUAGGGGUGCAGGUGUGGUCGUUCCACUUUUGAUAAUCUCUAUCGAGGCAAUUGACACACAAAACUGGUCGCAUUCUCGCAUCUCACAUUCCUUCCCGGCACUUACAGCCUCCUAAUUGAGGCGGCAGGUCUCACACGUGCUAAUAUCAUCCGCCCCGCCCACACCCAGUAAAGCACUUUGAUCCAUUAGUCGCAAUUUCUCCUUCACCACGCGAGGAAUGCGACCGUUUUAUGCGCUAGCGACGGCAAUUUGUGCUUGCCAGACGACGAGCGUACGCAGAAAGGAGGUCUGAUGUUAUGCGGUGAUGAGUGUGUGGAAGAUAAAUAUGCUUAUAGGUGUCGAGUACAAGGGCAAUUAACCAAUAGUAAUGCCCUCAGGGCAAGUGACAUUGACUCGCAAAGAAAAUAGCUGUCAUUCGCAUUUAGGGCAUCACUCUGUGCGGGUAGACAAGCAAGACAAGCUGUAAGCAUUGAUGGCGUCAUCACCAGCUUUCUGCCUCCUUCUCGCGUUUCUCUCUCUUCUCCCCGUUGCAUCGGCUGUCUACUCCGAUUGCUCGCUAGACGACGAGUCGUUCGAGUUGAGAGUCAGUAAAGUACUAGCGCAUGAGAGAUGGUUCACACCUGCUGAUUACAACAGAACGAGGGGAUGCGCUGCAAAGUCUAUAGCUUUGUCGUGGCAGAAAGCAUGGACGUCGGGCCGCAAACGCACGCAAUUAUUCUCCACGGAAGUGAUCCGGAUGUCUCAAGCAAAGGCGACAAGAAGCGAGAAGAAACGCCGCUUCAGGCGCAGGAUAUUCUUGCCCGAUGAUCGCACUUGUAUCAGCGCCAAGCGCCAGGCGAAAGACUACCCAUUUUCGUCAGUUGUUAAGGUGUCGACCGGCUGUACAGGCACUUUGGUCGCACCCAAGUAUGUCCUCACUGCAGCUCAUUGUAUCCACAACGGCUCACACUAUCUGCCUGGGCACAGAAACUUGUACGUCGGAUUUCUCCGUCCGAAAGGUACAUUCCGGUGGGUGAAGGUGGAGCGCACGUUCUUGCCAUUCGGAUGGCGCCUGCACGAGUACCGGAAUAUCGGACCGCAGUAUGACUACGCAGUUCUGGCUCUCGCGACGAGAUUACGUCGUGAUCCUAUUCCUAUCGGACUGGCUCACUUAUCUGGGACCACCAAUCUCCCCCACAUCUAUUUCUCUGCAUAUCCGGAUGAUAAGCCGGGCAACUCAUUGUGCUACAGAUCGUGCAGCAUCACCAGAUACAAUACCGAGUUGUUGUACUUCACAUGUGAUGCGAUGCCGGGCAGCUCGGGUGCCGGUGUAUACACAUUCAUCUGGAAUCCUACCACCAGGACGAAUGAACGGAGGGUGAUCGGUGUUUUCUCUGGAAAUCGAUAUGUCAACAUCGAGGGUGAGCGAAAAAACUUCAAUGUCGCCAUUCGACUUCCGUCGUUCAAGUUCAAGCAGGUGUGUGAGUGGCUGGAAGGAUAUGAAUGUAAAAUGAAUGAAACGAGUAACAAGAUUGAUUCAGAAGAGCUGACGACAUGACGUUAAUUAGUUAAUGAUAUCAACCUAGCCAUCCAGUUGGCUAGAGUACUUACAUGUUGAUCAUACAUAAAGACAUGGAUUGGUUGUAUGGAGAGGAAAGUUGUUCGUAUUCUAUACCGAGUUAUUCCCCUCUGUAAAUCGGUUUCCUCUUUUCUCUAAAUGCUGCUAGACCUUCCAGCCUGUCUGUGGUUGGGAUAAUCUAUAAUUAAAUAAGAGCAGAACAAUAUGAACUUAUGGUAAACAUA